ACACAAAAUAGAGAACGGUUAAGUAUAGUAGAGGGUCGAGGAGAGAUCACACACUAGAGUAAGUAAGAGAGCAAGAGAAAUGUGGAAAAGGUGGAUUAUUAUAGGAAAUGAGGGGCUGAAAAGGGUAGUAGGGCGGGUAGUACAGAAAGGGAUAAACAAAUAUAAAAGAGGAUAUUCAUCAACUAAAAGGGAAGAUUUUCCAACGCUAAAAGACCACCCAGCUGCCAAAGCUAAUGCAGCGGAAGCUGUGGAAUCGCAAAGGAGAGUCCAACAUUUCACGGCGGCCGCCCCGAAAACUCGGCCGCUGAUGAAAGAAUUCCAAGUUUACCGGUGGAACCCCAACUUGCCUUACAAAAAACCUUUCCUUCAGUCCUACUUCGUCGACCUCUCUACUUGUGGACCCAUGGUAUUGGAUGCAUUGCAAAAGAUAAAAGCAGAAGAUGAUUCAAGUUUGAGCUAUAGGAGGUCAUGCAGGGAAGGAAUAUGUGGGUCAUGUUCUAUGAAUAUUGAUGGGCUUAAUACUGUGGCUUGCCUUAAGCCCAUUGAUUCUGAUACUUCUAAGCCCACCACUAUCACUCCCCUUCCUCAUAUGUUUGUUAUCAAGGAUCUCGUCGUCGAUCUUACCAAUUUCUAUAAUCAGUACAAGUCGAUUGAGCCGUGGCUAAAGACGAAGAAGGGGCCAGAAGAUGGGCGUGAAUAUAGGCAGUCGCCUGAAGAUAGGAAGAAGCUAGAUGGAUUGUACGAGUGCAUAUUAUGUGCUUGUUGUACCACUUCAUGCCCUGCUUAUUGGUGGAAUCCAGAAGCGUAUUUGGGUCCAGCAGCUUUGAUAAAUGCAUAUCGAUGGAUCUCAGAUAGUCGCGAUGAUUAUUCGGAAGAGAGAUUAGAAGCUCUUAAACAAGAUGAAGAUAAAUUGUACAGAUGCAGAAUGGUCAAGAAUUGCACCGCAGCAUGUCCUAAGAGCUUAGAUCCUGCUUCUGCCAUUGACGAAAUGAAAGCUAGACGUGUUAGCAAGUAGGCAAAACGACAUCGUUAGUUAUGUUUGGAAGUUACUUAGAGGGACGCGACUUGUAUUAAUA